UGGAUGGAUGCAGUAUGUACUAGAUAGAGCUCUUGGUAGCAGGUCUGAACUCUACAUGUAGUGUUAGUGGUCCAUCCAUCUCGUCGUAUUACAAGUACAUGUGGCUUGGGGCCCUCCUCCUUGUCUCAACCAUUACGAUGAUUUGGUGCGGCUGGGCCUAGUGACUUUCGAAGUGACACCAUCAUGUUAAUGCUGAGGCUCCCAUGUUGGGCCAAGGUCGGCCUAUUCUGUCCUGGGAGGUUGUCACUUCACUCAGGGAAGGGGUCUUUCGGGGUAGGUUGGGCGAGAUCGGGGAUGCCAACCGGAUUCCGCUCAUGGCCCUUGCGAUCCUGUCGAUCUUCCUCAUCGACGAGCUCGACCUCUGCUACGGGCUCCGCUCAGGCUGCCAAGACGGCCCGUUGGACAGAGUUGCGCAGAUUGACCCAGUUAUUUGGCCCGGAGAAAUUCCGGCUUACCGGUGCCUUAGGGUUGUUGUUGGUGUCGAGUGGUGUGACCAUGUUGGUGCCCUUUGCUCUGGGUAAAAUAAUUGAUGUGAUAUCCAACGAGACCGCCGCUGGCUCAACCGAUCCGCCCGGUGCUGCCCAUCCAAGUCAACUCCAGGAACGCUUGAAGUCCUUGGCCGCCGGGCUCUUGGUGGUCUUCACGGUGGGCGCCUUGUGCAACUUUGGCCGGGUCUACCUGAUGCGCAUAUCUAGUCAGAAUGUGGCGGCCCGCCUUCGGCAGGACUUAUUUGCAUCAAUUAUGCGCCAGGAGACAACGUUCUUUGACAAGAGUAAAACGGGAGAGCUGGUCAAUCGACUCUCAUCCGACACGCAACUCGUCAGUCAGACCAUCACGCAACAAGUUUCGGAUGGGACGCGUAGUCUGGUCAUGACCUCGGCGGGAGUGGGGAUGAUGAUGUUCAUGUCGCCCGAGCUGACCGUCGUGGGUCUCAGCGUGGUUCCUCCGGUGGCCUUGUGGGCGGUCUGGAUGGGCAAGCGCGUCAAAUCAGCGAGUAAAGAAUUGCAACAACGAUUAGCUAACUUGACCGAGCAAGCGGAGGAGAAAAUCUCAAACAUUCGCACCGUGUUGGCCUUUGCUAAUCAAAAAAAAGAGAUUGCCAUUUACAACGACAGGUUGGAGCACGUAGUGGACCAAGCCAGGCGUGAGGCCAAGAUUCAUGCCAAAUUCUACGGCUUGACUGGCUUUAGUGGCAACCUCAUCAUCCUCAGUGUCUUAUCUUAUGGUGGCUCCUUAGUGGCCAACCACUCGUUAACGGUAGGGGAAUUGGCCUCCUUUGUUCUUUACGCUGCCUACGUGGGCAUUGGGCUAAACGGUGUGUCCAAUUGUUAAGCGGAGGUCAUGAAGGGCCUGGGUGCCAGUCAACGAAUCUGGAAUCUUAUGGAGACCUCAUCCGCAUUGGACGUUGUUACGCAGCAACGUCCUAAUUUGCCUCUAAUGAGUUUACCCUCCCUUGAGAAAGCCAUUGUGUUCUCCAACGUCAGUUUCGCUUUUCCCACUCGACCCGAGAGCCUCGUGCUCAACGAGCUGAGCUUCACCAUUCCCGCCAACCAAACUGUGGCCGUGGUGGGCACAAGUGGAUCAGGCAAGACCACCCUGAUUUCUCUUUUGCUGAGACUCUACGAUCCGGCCAAGGGGCAAAUCUCCUUUGAUGACAACGAUAUCAAAAAAAUUGAUGUGGAACAACAUCGUCGACGCAUCGGUCUGGUGCCUCAGGAGCCCGUGUUAUUCUCCACGUCCAUUGCCGAAAAUAUCUUGUAUGGGCUGGACUUGAGGUCUGAUUCGAAUGAAUGUCAACAGGAGAAGGCCAUGUCCUUGGUGCAAGAUGCUGCUCGAGAAGUGAACGCUCAUGAAUUCAUAAUGCAAUUCCCGGAGGGUUACGACACUCUCGUGGGUGAGCGUGGAAUCUUUCUGUCAGGGGGACAAAAACAAAGAGUGGCCAUAGCGCGGGCCAUCAUCAAAGAUCCGGAUGUUUUGGUCUUGGAUGAGGCCACGAGUGCUUUAGAUGCCAAGAAUGAGAAUAUCAUACGUGAUACAAUCAAUCGAGUGCAAAAGAACCGGACAGUCCUAAUCAUCGCUCAUCGUUUGUCGACCAUCAGAAACGCAGACAAGAUUGUUGUUCUGCGUCAAGGACAAGUUGUUGAGGAAGGAUCCUUCCAAGAGCUGGCCAAUUUGAAGGGACACUUCCACGAGAUGGUGACCAAGCAGUCCAUUAGUUGACCUCACUCACUCGGCUCUUCAUCAAGUUCUCUCCAUUUCUCUUGGUUGAGAUGAACAAAGACCUCCUCUUUAACCACCUUCAUCUUGUGAAUUGGACCAUCCAAGAGACAACUGUUCCUUUUGUUCAAGUGUAGUGGAUUCCGCUUGAACUGAAGACUUGAAAUCCAAUCCAAUAAACUGACACUUAACCCAUCGUGUUACACAAGAAAUCAAUGGAAUCGACAAUGAAUACACGCUAUGUGGUCGAGAAAA